CUCCAAACUAGGCAAGUCAGCAUGGGCCGCGCCGAGAACUCGGUCAAACACAAUCCAGUAUUCCUCGACGGUUGCGGCUCGAUUCGACCGCAAUGACUCUGUCUUGUUCUUGCCCGCGACAAUGGGCUGUUGCUGACCCGCUCAAGGUAUCCACUUGCUGCGCAGCUUGCCUCCCGCGCGCCGGAAGGAGACAAGGCGGCGCCAUGCGAGGGCAACGGACGCCUUUUUGUUCGCUUUUCUCACCUCGUUUAUCGCUCACUCUACGUUGAGCCAGCCACAUAGUACUGUAGCUGGGUACGUUCAAAAUUUAUCUGAUCUGACGCACCCUGAUCACGAACAACCAGCAUUAGCAUGCAAACGCGCCGCGCUAGGAGUGAAGUCGUGGAAGAGUGGGUUCGAGACGUCAAGCGCAGCAGCCCGUCGCCCGGACGCAGCCCGCGCAAGGUUCCAGAGUGCAAGUGGUGUGGCCGGCCCCGCAAGAAUCAUCCGCGGUCGGGCUGCCCUCACGUCGACCCGCCUGUCUCUGGGUCGGCGUCCGCGAGCAAGCAGUCCGACGACCAGACGCAUCAACUCACGGAUGACAUGCAGACACUCAACAUCAGCAGUCCUGCAAAGUCGCGCCGAAAGCGGUUCUCGGGCACCCCUCACGAGCUAGUCACGGAGGCUAGUCAGGAGCUCGUCUUUGGUCCCGCCCCGUGUCGUUCACCAACCGGGGACGCACAGGAGCCAGCGCAGACCGGGGGCGACACACGGCCUGUCUCUCCGAUACCGGAGCCAUCACAAUCAUUGUCUCAGCGGUCUACUCUAUCCCGCAGCGUCAGCCAGGACGAGCACGAGUUCAUCUUCCAGAGCCUCCUGAAGAACCCCGGCGCGUUCAUCGUGAAGCACGACAAGGCAGGCAUGCCCGCGUUCCUCUCCUUCCUGAAGAAGAAAGGAUUUACGGCAACAGUCCUGUGCUCCGUAGAUGAGGAUGCGGAGCUAGUGGCCAUCGGGAAGGACGCGCAGCUCGUACUGCAGGUUGGGCGUAUCGGGACUACGCAGACGAAGGCGGUGGACGAGGCGUGCGAUAAGCAGGCGCAGAAGGGUGGCUUCCCUGCAUUGGUUGCGUGCACAGGUGCGGGAGUCGCUGUUGGUGCCGUGGCGACGUGGACGGGCCUGGCAUUCAGUUGAGCCAAUUGAGCGGCUGGCACUGCGUGGACUGUGGGCGCAGCCUCGUCGCAGAUGGGCGGACUCGGGAGUCUUACACACGGACUCAUCUGUAGCAGUAUACUUACGUUGAUGUCGCGACAUUGCUUUCCGUGCUACUCUCGCUGUCGAAUGUAUUGUUUCCUGAUGUUGUCGUUUAAGUUUCCCUUGUCAUUCGGACAGACGCUUCGGGCGGAACACUGCCUC